CAUCCAGUGCAGUUCUGACUACUAUCAACAAAGCGCGCGCCUGCGUUUCCUUGCCCCUCACAAGGGCGUAUUGACUUUUGUAUAAAAUAAUUUUUCACACACACACACACAUACUCAUAUAUGCACACUCAAGCGCAUACAUACACGCGACAUAUGCAAAUACAUUUAACUGAUAAACGCGAAAAGCAAGUAAAUACACAUACACAGACAUGAAAACGGUAAAAAAUCGCUAAAAAAAACUCGAAAUAUUUGCAAAAUGUCAACGUAACGGUGAAAAAGUGUCGUGAAAAUGUUGCUGAAAGUGUGAAAUACAGCGAAAACUGCAAACUUCAAGCCAUCGCAUACACGUAUACAAAACGUAGCAUACUUUUAGGUGCACGGUGACUUCAGUCAUCAAUUAAAGAAGUUUUCAUUUUAAUUUAUUUAAUAAAAGUAAAAUUAUGGAAGCGUUUUUCGAUAAAGAAUAUGCAACCAUGGCUUAUGCAUAUCUGCGUGAGUGCGGUAUAAUCGGCAAACUUAAUGAGAUUUUUGGAAAAUUAUUAGAAGCCGAAAGGCCAGAUCUGAUAAAUUUUAUACGCGAGGAAUUGGGGGAUAAACCCACACCGACGGAAAUCGUUGAAAAUAUGGAGCAAGAGUUAGACGAUGCGCAUCGCGAAAUUCGUCGUUUACGCGGCAUAUUAAAAGAACUUGGCGUUAAUAUUACAGACGAGCAAUUUUAUGAGGCAGAUCCGGGGCCUGGUGACAUUGAAUUGUUCAUUGACCUUGACGAAAUUAAUGAUGAUCACACGGUUGGACAACAUACACAGCAGACUAAUUAAGCUACUUGUAAGUGGAACAAAUAAAAUCUAAGGAUAGAAACAAGCUAAUGGAAUUGACGUUUUCAUAAUUCACUGUUAAUUGUCGAAAUAGUUCUAGCAGACUAAAAAAAAAAUAAACUCGAAACGACACAAGCAAUGUCAAGGUCACAAAUGUAAAAGCGAGACUAAAAGUGUCAUCAAAACAGAAAAUUAUAAACGAUGAAAAUAAGCAAAAUGCAAGAAAAAAAUGAAAGCAAAAAAACAGAGAAAAGAAAUAAAAAAACCAUAAAAAACAAAAGUGAGAAAAUUGGCAGAACUCUUCAAAAUUUAACUUUCUCGGAGAGUGAUUGAAAAAAUUUAAGAAAGUGUGGUUAGAAGCUUGAGAUCGCUAGUCCAACAUUUGCAGGAAUUUCCGUGGGGAAAAAACAAAAAACAGUAAUACUACUACAAAAUCAAAAGAAUUUCAUGUAUAAAAAUAUAAUAUAAACGGCAAAAACAAAAAAAAAAAUCAUCUUUAACUUUCCGCAACAACAAUCGACCAUAACAACAACGACGAUUAUCAAACGUAGACAUGUUUGUGAAACAUUAACACACGCAACAGCAAACCGACGUCAAUUGGCGGCAACAACAACACCAAAUUACCUAACCUAUUAAACUAAAUGCAUUUGCAACUGCCAACAAAAACAACAACAAUAGCAAUCACAACCGAAAGCACACCAUUCAUACAACGAAAUUCCUAGAGAGCAUACACACACACACACGAAUACAAACUAAUAGUAAGCACGCAGGAGCUGCUCACACUAAUACUUCCAAACAUUCAUAGAAAGCAAAAGCAGAAAAAAAUCAAAACAGAAACCAGUGGAAAGCAGAAGCCAAGAAGAUUUAUGAUCAUCAAAUAUUAAAUUUGCCAACCGACUAAGCGACACAUUUUUGACAUUUGCAAACGAGAAAAGUAAUACAAAAACAAAAGCAACAAACAACUUGGCAGCAAGUAAAACAGGCGACGGCGACUAGGUCAGACUUAGCGAGGCGCAUUUGAGCGCGUCAAUAGGCCAGCGAGCUGCUCCGCCUGGCCUGGCGGAUGCACGUCGCGCACAGUGGUGGCGUCAACAGUGACGCGGCAGCCACAUUAAAUAAAUUGCCCCGCGCGGCAUGCUAGUGUACACACUCCACUCAUUUGUAUAGAGUGGGAGAUAUUUAAGGCUAUAUAUGGUGCACCGGCAACGCAGGAGCGUCAACUACAAUUACAACACAUUCUAGAGGUGAACUCACGUCGCACCCGCCACACCAGCGCAGGAUUAGCAGCGACGAGCAGCGGCAGCCAGCCAGUGGAAGCAGUGAGUAGUUUGGGCGCCGAAAAGAAUGGCUGUGGCGAUGCGACCAAAUGGUUUACAUCAUGCAGUUUCGUUAGGCACCAUUGAGGUGGCGUCUAAGUCGUCAGCGGCUUCUAGCCAUUACGAUCGCAGUUACGACUCCGAAGAUGAGAAUAUGAGCCGACGCCGUUUGCGACACACCUCCUCCACAGAACUGUAUCCGCGCCCAUCCGUUUACUCCAAAGGCGACAUACGCGAACAGUACUGCCUAACUGAUCGUCAGCUGCAUAGCAUCGAGCGGCCGCGUCGCGAUCGCUUCUUCGGCUGUCUCUCGCGUCGUAGCGGUGUGCAGCAAUCGUUUCUGGGCGGCUGUGUGGGCCGGCGUGUGCCCUCCGAUGAGAAUUUAGCUGCUUACGCGCCCUUCUACAAAUAUCCGCGCUAUCAACGACCUUUUCAAAAUCACGACGACAAAUCGCCCGAUUCCGAUAUGGAUAGUUCCUAUUUUCGACGUCAACCAGCUUCAAUUUUGAGCACUGCGAAAACGCAAGACACCGGCGUUGGCGCUAGCACAAGCUCUGUCGGCGUUGGUGUCGGCCCUGGCGCAUCUGUGGGAGGUAUGGGUAUGCCUCAGAACCAACGCUACUCCUGGAUGGGCGCUCCCAGCGGUAUUGGAAACGAGAAUGUCAACUUUACUAACGAUCCAAGCGCAAGCCUGACUUGUUGGCUAACACCGACUGAUUACCAAUAUCGGAAUAUUUAUAUGACCAACUGUUUUGCACUUUGCGCACAGAAUCAUUUUCAAAACUUCACACAUCCACUCGAAAAUGUUUGUUCGUAUCACUAUCCCACCCAUGUCGGACUGCCAGCCGGCCAGCAACUACAAAUGGGCGGCACAACACCGAGAACUAAGCAUGUCAGUUUCGCUCGCUCGCAUACACUCACCUCCUUCGACGAUGUCAAUUUGGGUUUCCGCUCCUCCGGUCGCAUGAAGACCACACGCAGUCAGGAACGUCUUAUUGGCGGCAAGAAACCGAUCAUUGCCACCGGUUCCAUCUACGAGUCCACGCAACUGCCCGCGCAUAUGGCGCAACAGCCAACUGUUUUGCAUACACAACAGCAACAGCAGAUGACACAUCAGCAGCAGCAGCAGCAGCAACAGCAACAGCAUCCACACCCGCCGACCAAUUAUAUAACGACGUUGCCACCCGCACUCGCCAUGCAUCCACAUGCCCAACAAGCCGUCAUACAUCAACAUGCGCCACAUAUUCAUCCCUCGCAUGGACAUGGCCAUUCACAUCAACAUCAUCACGGGCCACCCAUCCACAUACAUCAGUUUGUACCGACCGGUUUUGCUAGUGCCGCCGAGUUGGGUGCUCAGAUCCAAACUGAACAACCGAUUUCCUUGUUAACCGGCAGGCCUCUCACACAUAUGGAUGAUAUACCACUUGGUGUCGGUGGUGCUGGAGCGACGGCGCAUGGUGGUAUGAUGCCGACUGGUAUGGGUGUCUUGACGUGUGCCACACAGGUGUUGGCGCCACCCAGUCCCGAAGUGUUGGUGGUCGAAAAGAAGUUCCGUAAUGCCAUGAAGACGCAAGCCACGCAAACUGAGGUGCGGAAGGAUGGUUUCGCGCAGGUUUUGGCGCUGAGUCCACGAACCAUGCAUAAGGUGAAGGUGGUAUCGCAAGGCGCACAGACGAAUGGGUUGCUGAAUGGCAAGAAGCUCGCAAAAAGUUUGUCGGAAAUGCCGAAUGGUAAAGUGUUACCUGGAUUAGAUGAUAGGCAAAUUAGAAACUUUAUCGAUCAUAACGCUGUUUAUCGCACUCAGUCAGAAGAACCGCCAAAGUCACCGCUGGAGCUCGGCGAUCCAAACAAUAUUAAUUAUUACGAACCACCGCCACCGCUUGACACAAUUUCCUACUACAGUCAUCGCUCGUCACAACUGCCCUCGGAGGAGAGUAUGCCCUAUUUUCCUAAGGACGCGCUCGCUUUCGACUACGAGAGCAACAGUUUGCCACGUCGCGCUUGCACAUUCCAUCGCGAGAGCAGCUUCAGCUCGAACAGUCUGCCACGACGUGAACCACUGCAUGCACAUGAGAUAUGUAAACACAUAACCGAGUGUACGGAAUUGAUGGGUGAGCCGAAUGGAGGUGUUAACGGCGGUAAUGGCGGUUUGCUCGACUUCUCUAAGCCGCAUUUGUUGCCACCGCCUAGCGAGUACUGUAAAGACGCCGACGAGCCCCUGACAUCUACUUCCACGUUGACAGCGGAGCCCGCACCCGAACCCGAAGUUGUAGAUACAAGUCGACGUAAGUCCAUGGUAGCCGUACUGCCACCGCUAGACGCUGAUAUUACGCCCACACCGUUCAGACGCGAUGACUUACGACGCCAGUCAAUGCCAAUUUAUGUAAAAACCGAAAAACUGAUUGAUGGUUUCGGUCCACGCACAUCUUUCCGCUCGAAGAUUAAACCGAAACCGGUUAUAGGCGGCAGUGAGGAAAUUUCCGGUGAUGAGAAAGAGAUCUUUAUCGACUUCAAACCAAAUGUUAUGAUGAAAGCGAGCGCACAAAUUCCACAAGCUAAAUACCGACCAAUCUAUAAGCCGCUACCGCCAACAGUAGCGCAGCUUGAGGAAAGCAAACAACAUAAAGCUGUUGAAGAAUGUGAAAACUGUCGCGCACUACAAGCAGGCGAACCACGUUCCUCCAUCAGUGAGGAUGACUACGAGGAUGAGGCGGAGCCGGAACAAGCCACAGAUAUAGACGACGAAAAAGCCAAGCAAGAAGAAAGCGAUCAACACGAUCCACUUUACGAGAAUGUGCCCGCAAGUGCGCCGAGUAUGGCAGCCGAACGACGCGCCAGCAUGCGAAAACGUUCCGUGAGCUUGGAUGAACAAAAUGUCUCGCCUGAAAAAGGUAACGGCAUUUCGGCGCCACCAAGCCCUUGCCGUGAGGAAUUGCUCUUCGCAAAUGCAUCCACUUACCCAUCCUCGGAUUCCCUAGCGAACGACGUGACGCGCGAUCACUCAGACGGCAUUUGGAAUGAGUCGCAGGUUACAGUCCUAACUGCCGAACCGCCGAAGGAAGGCACCGAAGGUGCAUACACCAAUGCGAAUAUGCUGCUGACACCAACAACGCGACGGAAAAAUCUACUACUGCAACACCAACAACGCAGCUCCGUGGAUACGGACGCAUUGGAUUUGGAGGACACACAAGUGGAUUUGAGUCCCACCUAUGGCAUUGCGGUGAACGCACUACCAACCACCGCUAAGAGCGCCAAAUCCGGCGCGCUUAUCACACAACAACCGCAAGCGAGCCGCGAGCCCAAAUCGACCACGCUAACGGUGCCACAGAAAAUCACCACACCCUCAAUCGCAGUCACACCCAGCCUACCGUUGGCCAAAGAGAUCUCACCCAAAAAAUCGCCGGGCACGAGUAAACGCAUCGUACAGGAGCUACCUCCACUAACACGCGAUGGACGACGUACAUCAGACGUGCAGCAGACGCGUGCUGUCACCGACGCGAUCAUGACCGUCGCAGCUACUUUAAACAACAACAGCAACAACAAGUUCAAUAACACCACAGAUGUGUCGGAGUGCAGCACGAAUACCGACGAAUAUGCCACUUGUACUGACACGUCGAAGCGCACGCCAGGUAUUAAGACACCACCAACAACAACAAGCUCAUCAUCAACGACACAAGUACCAGUGUCGACACAAAGUUCACAGAUUGACCGUACGCAAGGUUCAUCCUUUGAGAGCGCCUCUUCACUCUACUCAACGCGCGGUGAAGUGUUGACCGAGGAUAUACUGCAGCAUGAUGAAAAACCCACUAAACCGCAUAAGCUUGAGCGCGAGCUGCAGCUGAAGUCGCCUGUGCCCACAGCAGAGCAGGCGAAACGUUCACCCUCGCACUCGAUUAGCAGCACAUCGUCGGGUAGCUAUAAUGUCGCUGGGUUGGCAACACCAUCGCCAUCUGCGAAGGAUGCGGAGAAGCAUGUGGAGCCAGCUGGGAAGGCAGCAGCGUCGUCAACCAAAGCUUUACACGUGAAAAGUGUCGGUGCGCCAACCGCCAGCGUCGAACCGUCCGCUGUACGUGAAAAGCCACGCAUCAAGCCCGAGUCCAUAUCGGAUGAUGAACGUAGUGAGGUACGCUACUCAUCGUCCGGCUACUAUGAGAGUCCACAUGAUGAUGAUCAUGUGAUCAAGUCACGGCGUCAUCGUCUCGAUGAGGAACGUAAACGUCGUAAGACGACAAUGAAACUAGACAUCGAAAAGGAGAAUUUACGCGCGCUCACUAGUCCGAUUAAGAAGCCAGCAUCCGCAAUGGCCGGUGCGCACGCCACGCCUAUAGCUGCGGCAGUUGCAGCAGCCACAAAGGAGAAAAUAACAGAGAAACAGUCCACCACUAGUGGGCACGCCAUUGAAACUACAAGUCCGAAUCGCAUUAAACGUUUCCGUCCAAAGAUACGUCGUCAAUUUAGACGGAGUUCACGCGAUGAUAGCACCCCGAAGCGACAAAAGAAUUUGGUGAAUUUAUAUGGCAUGCCGCCGACAGCGGGUAGCGCGGAGAAACUCUUGGAUUACAGUGUUGGCGUUAAGAAGGAGGAAGAACGGGAGGACAUACAUGUUACGGAGUGCAAGACGAGUAAAAUCACAACGCCGCAUACUGCCACGGCAGCUGUGGCCGCCAAAACUACAAAAUCUGCAUCAGAUGUGUGUCAGCUGAAAGCGAAAUCUAUAGAAUCGCUCCGCUCCGUCUCGCCCGGCUCCGAUUCGGUGUUCUACAGUGAAGCAGAUGGUCCCGUGCAAGAGCCACACAGUCAUUGCCUGCACUGCGGUAAGGGUACAGAGGGUCAGACUACAAAUAUAAGCGCAUUGGCUGGCGACUCUGUCGAAUCACUGCCUUAUAUGGGAAAUGACCAUGAACAAGAUAUUGUAAAACCGCCCUCGGACUUCGCAGACUCACCGGUAACUGCGAAAACAACGCAACGUCUUUAUAAGAAGAUGGACAAACGUUUUCGCUCUGAAGAGCGUUAUCAUGCAGGCGAACGUGGUCGACAUUAUAAGACACGUCAGGAGAAUAUACGCGCAAAGAGCGAAGAACGCAGUCGCGAGAGCGUACAUUCACGUAGUCCACAAAGCUUACGUCCAGCCGGUUCGAGUCCAUGUGUACUGCCGGAUGCAGCGGUUGAGCAGAGCCAGCAGAUUAUUUAUCGUGGUCAUUACGAUCCUGCGCGUUAUUCACGCCUCACCGACGCUGAUGUUUGGACCCAGCUAAAUCACCAAAGUUUCGAUCGCCAACGUGAUCGCCGUCCAUCAACGGAGUCGGAGCGCAGUUUUCACUCAAAGUAUCAAGUCAUACUACAUCGUUUGGUGCAGCGACGUUGCACCUUGGAAAUGUAUCAUCGCCAACGAAACAAUAAUUUUCGUGUUGACAAAACGAUUGUGGUUAAGAGUGAGUCUGGCGAAUUUGGUUUUCGCAUACAUGGCUCGAAACCGGUCGUGGUGGCCGCUAUUGAACCCGAAACACCGGCUGAGAGCUCUGGACUCGAAGUAGGCGAUAUAAUCAUAUCGGUGAAUGGCGUGGAGGUCUUGGAUAAACAUCAUACCGAAGUGGUGAAGAUCGCACACGAUGGUUGUGAGACACUCGAACUGGAGGUGGCGCGCACAAUCGGUGUGCUCAUGCACGAGCAACAAGAGCCGCCGAGUCAACCGAUCUUUAGCGGCUAUUUGUGGCGACAGAGUGGCCAAGCGAAGGGUGCACCGAAUACGAAAAAAUGGGUGCGUCGCUGGUUCUCGCUGCGACCGGAUAACUGUUUGUACUAUUAUAAAACCGAAGAUGACAAUCAACCUGUUGGCGCUAUGAUCAUGGCCAAGCAUACAGUUGAUCACUGCCCGCCUGAGGUCGGUAAGCCGUACGCCUUCAAAAUUGACUCCGGCGAAGGCAUACCAUUGUAUGUGGCCGCCGAUACGGAGGAGCUGUCCAGCCGUUGGAUUAAGUUGCUCAAACAAGCGGCUACACAGGGCACACCCUGGCUGGAUAAUAGCGCACACAAUCUCUACCAACCGCCGUGCAGCAUUACACGUCCGGACUGUUUCGGUUACCUGUUGAAAUUGGGCUCCCGCUGGUGUGGCUGGUCGAAGCGCUACUGUGUGCUGAAGGAUGCUUGUUUGUAUUUCUAUCAGGACGCUAAUAGUAAGACGGCAUUUGGUAUGGCUUGUCUGCAUGGCUAUAAGGUAUCAUCGAUGUCGACAAAUGCCUCAGGCAAGAAAAAUUCCUUCGAGAUUAUACCGCCAGAGACCAAAUUGCGACAUUAUUAUUUCUGCACCGAAUCGGAAAUGGAUAAAAAGAGAUGGAUUUCGGCUCUUGAAUAUUCCAUCGAUCGUUGGAUAAAAUCCGGGUAACUAAGAUUGAAAACUAUAGGGAGCAAACGCAAGCGUAGUUUCAGUUACUACAUUGAGUAAAAAUAUGGAACAGAAAGUGGAGAAAAAUACUGAAAAUUGAGAAAAGGCGUGUCAGAGUGUCGAAGAGAACGACUUGGCUGCCACGUAAAAAUUAUAGAAGAUAAAAAACUUAAAAUAAAUAGAAUUGGAUAAAUGUAAUGAAAAAGGUCACUGCAACUGAUUACAUUAUAAGGCAUAUUAAGUAGAUAUACAAAUACUUUUAAGCAAACCAAAUGAAAAAAAUCAUGUCAAGUAAAACUGAGAGCAGGAGAACUAAAGCACUAGAACUGAUAUACGGAGUAUUUUAAAGGGAAGCAAAAUAGUUUGCAAAAGUAAAUCAGACAAGAUGUUGGAAAAAGAUAACAGGAGCAUGAAUUUGAAAUGAAAAAGCGAUGAAAGGAAAUGUAUAUUAGAAAACAUUUAUUUUAAAUUAAGCUGUAAAAAUAUUAAAUUAAAGCUCAAGAUUGUAUUCAAUAUGAAUAAAGAAAACAUCAGAAAAAUAUUGUAAAAGUUUAAAAUUCGAUAAGUGUAAAUAAAAAAGCCAAAGAUAUAAAUAUAAUUGAAACUGUUUUUGAAUAUUACAAUGAAAAAUACAUAUGUGAAUGUAAAUACAGUUUGUAUGUAGAAAUUUCAGCAUUUAGCCAACAAUUAUUUACAUAGAUGUCAAGCAAAACCGUUACUUACAGUGACGAACACUAAAAUUAGCUUUCGUUCAAACACGAGCACACCACUAAUUAAUUAAUGAAAACUUAAAAGUAAUUUAGAAAUCAGUGUGAAGAAAUGUAAAAAAGAAUGCCAAAUAAUUAGUGUUGAUAUUGAAAAAUAAAAAAUAUAACUAAAAUAAUUUUUAUAAAAUUUGUUUGAAAGCAAAAAUUAAGCAUUUUUUUGUUCACCAAUUUAUACAUAUAUUAUUAUUUUUUUUUAAUUGCCUUAUAAUUUAAAAAUAGUUAGGUAAGUU